UAAGGAGUGAGAGAAGGGGGAGUCCCAUUGGCAUUCUUUAACAUCUCUGUUGCUCACUUGUGUUCAGAGAGCCAUCUGUAGAUCAGGAAGACAAAAAGACGCUCCUGAGCCUUGGCGUCACUCAACAGGCAGGCUGAUGUGCUUGAGUUGGUGGAGGUUGAAAGAAGGUUUUGCCUCUCUGUCUCUCAACUUUUUCCUGAGGAGAGCAGGAUUGUCAAAGGUCAGGUGUCAGUGGUGAAAUGGACUUCUUGUCAGCGUGGAUUGUGUCUCCUUCAGCUCUACCCUUUCUCUGUCUCAUCUGGGGCAUGCAGGCCCAGCAGGCCUUUAGGUCUGAGCCCAGGAACCUCACUGUGCGGAUGGGAGCCACAGCUGUGUUGAGGUGUGAGGUGCUGCGGGCCUCAGGGACUGUGCAGUGGGUGAAAGAUGGCCUCCUCCUGGGACCUCAGAGAAGCCUGCCAGGCUUUCCACGCUACAGCAUUAUUGGAAACCCCAAGAGAGGGCAGUAUCAUCUUCAGAUUGAAAUGGCCCAACUGGAAGAUGACGCCCCCUAUGAAUGUCAAGCGGCCCGGUCUGAGAGCAGUCGAGCAAUCAUUUCCAAAACAGCCUGGGUCAACAUGUUAAUUCCUCCUUCCAAGCCAUACUUUGAGGUGGACAUGGAAACACCUUGGGUGGCAGGGAAGAAGUACACUGUCACCUGUAUUGCCCCUGACGCAAAGCCCAUGGCUCAAAUCACACUUUAUAAAGAUGAAGUUGAGCUGACAGGUGCAGAGUCUUUCACCAUGUCUGGCUCAAAGGAUAAGCUCCUGAACACGCAUGCUGAAGUAACGGUCACCGCUCUGAGCUCUGACAACGGGAGGCAGCUGACAUGUUAUGCCAAGAACCCCGCCCUUUUCCGGCCUGUGGAGACCACAAUGACCAUGAGUGUGUACUUCCCACCUCAGCCUCCAGUUAUUGUAGGUCUGGAGAGAGAGGAAGUCAAAGCAGGGAGGAUGCUCACGUUGGUGUGUGUGUCUCAUGGUGGAAACCCCCUAGCCACUCUCCACUGGACCAAGAAUGGAGAAGUUCUGUCCACAACGUGGGAAGAGGACAUUGUCGCGCAGAAGUCCAGCAGUGUCCUCAACCUGAAGGUUACCCCCGCGGACAACCAGGCAGUGCUGUGCUGUGAGAGCGUCAAUCUGGUGUCCCUAUCACCUCUGUCUCUCAGCCGCAAAAUCACUGUGCUCUUUGAGCCUGCAGAGGUGACACUGUUGGGUUCGUUCACGACCAUUGAGGGGCAGGACUUGCAUCUGAGCUGCUACGCCACCUCCAGUAAUCCACCUGUCCAGAUCCGCUGGUGGCUGGGCUACAAGGAGCUCAACACCUCUGUUGUCAUUAUGGAAGAGGGAGACAAUGGUGGGAUGACAACCAUGUCCAACAUAACCCACAGGGUCUCCAGGGAGGAGGAUGGGCUGAAACUCACCUGUGAGGCUUUCAACAAGGGAACACACUUCUCCAAGACCCAGAUCACCAAACUCAGUGUCCACUACCCUCCUCAAAAGGUAUGGCUCGAUACUCCUCCUCAAGAUGUCCCCCUUCGUUCAGGGACCACGGUCCAUCUCAUCUGCUUCUCCACUGGAGGGAAUCCCACUGGGACUCUGACCUGGUUCAAGAAUGGAAAGGCUGUGACUGAUGCACUGAAGCAGACGUCCUUUGAUCGGGGUGUGGCUCGGGAACUGGUCCUGGUCCUGACAGCAAGUGACAACAUGGCUACUUACCGCUGUGAUGCCACAAAUGAAGCAAAGAAGACUAUUUCUGCCCACACUAAGCUCAUGGUUCACUAUACAGCAGUAAGUAUGAAGAUCACAACCAAACAGGAGGAGCUACGUCAGGGCCAGAUGCUAACUCUGGAGUGCCAGUCUGGAAGCAGUAACCCCAAGGCCAACAUCUUUUGGAGCUUGGGUGCACUCAGGUUCCAGGGAGUGGAGCAGCCACCCAGGAAGGCUCAGUUUGGUGGUGUGUCAGUGCGCAGUUCUUUAUCCCUGAAUCUAAGUUCACAGCAUCACAACCAGAGGGUUAUUUGCCAGGCCUACAGUCCGGGGCUAGCAGAGGGUGCUAACACAUUCUUCAAACUCCAUGUGCUUUACCCACCAGAGUUCAGCCCAGAGCAGCCAACGCAGGUCCAGGUGGUGGAGGAUGACAUGGCAACCAUCCCACUGUUGGUCUCAGCUAACCCAGAGGAGGUCUCCUGCAUUUGGCUGCAUCGCAGGCAGAAGCUGGUCAAAGAGGGGGAUCUGCGCUACAACUGGUCAGACGACAACUCGCUGGAGAUCAAGAAUGUGACGAGGAAAGAUGCCGGAGUUUACACUGUCAAGUGUACAAAUGACGAAGGUGUCAACCAAACCUCCAUCAUGCUGGACGUUCAGUAUGCUCCCAGUGUCAAGGCAGAGAAAGACCCUGUGUUUGUGAACCUGGGGGAAACAGCAGACCUGAUAUGUGUGGCAGAUGCCAACCCCAUUAUAUCUGGCAUGUUCUCUUGGAAAUUGCUGGGAGAAGGGGAGGUGGAGAUGGAGAUGGGAGAGGAGACUCAGGAAGACGAAUCUGGCCUUCUGACCAUCCAUAAUGUGACUCGGGCUCAUGCUGGUCAUUACCAGUGCACAGCCAAUAAUGGCAUAGCACCCUGUGCCACUGUAGAUGUGCGGCUGGUAGUGCAAUUCAAACCAGAGCUUAAAAAAGGAGCCCAAUGGAAGAAGGUAGCAAGUAGAGGGGAUGGCACCACUACAGCUGAGGUAGUGUGUCAGGCAGAAGGUAUUCCUCGUGUCGACUUCUCUUGGGAGAAAAAUGGUUUACGCAUGGACUUUGCAAACCCCAGGUAUGAGGAGCGGACCGUGAGGGAGGGCUCCUUCCACACCAGCACAGUUCAAGUAGUAAAUGUGAGCGCAGCUCUGGACUAUGCUGUCUUCAGCUGCACUGCUCGCAACUCACUCGGGAAAGACAAGCUAGACAUCCAGCUCGUCAGCACAAAUCACCCAGAUCCUCCUUCAUCGUUUCGCCAAGUCAGCGUCACCUAUGACUCGGUCACUCUGGAGUGGAUCCCCGGCUUCAAUGGUGGUUUGCAGCAAAGAUUUCGUAUAAGAUACCGUUGGGAUCAGUCAGCCAGUUUCCUGUAUGUGGACGUCUUUCCUCCCACAGCAACGACCUUCACUGUCACUGGCCUGCAGCCUGUCACCACUUACAACUUCUCUGUCAAUGCCCUCAAUGUAAUUGGAGAGAGUGGCUAUGCUGACAACAAUGCAGUACUGACCAUCACCACCAAGGAGAAGCCAGAACUAGAAGAAGUCCCAACAGAUGAAGACUCAGUCUCACGGAGUGUAAGUGGACUGCCAGCCUAUUUGACAGUAGUGUUCACAGUGGUGUUUGGAGUCGUGCUGGUAUUUAAUUCACUGGGCUGCUUCUUUGGAUUGAGGUGGAAAAAGAGGCGAGGCCAGACAGGGGGUAGAGGAGGCAGUGAGUUGGAUGGAAAGAAGAAUGAAGAGGAGGGGUCCAGUCAGUCAACUGUAAGCAACUCCAAUAAGUAUGAGAGCAGAGAAAAGAUCAACGCCGCAGCCCAGCACACUCUCCUCAUCGACUCUGGAUCUGAAACAGACAGCAAUGUCUACGAGAGCUAUGUGGCGGAGCGUUCCCAUUAUUAUUACCCCACCGGUGACUACAUACCGUCUCUCACUCCACACACUGAGGAAACACGUAGGCUUGAUGUCACCCACCCUCUCGUGGAUUCUCACAGCCAUCUGUAUGAAGAUGUAAGAGAAGGGGGUCUGUACCAGGACAUCCUGUCUUCCUCUCUUCCUUCGCCUCCACCCUUGUUUGACAACAGAUUGCCUCACCUAAGGAAUGAGUGGAGAAUACCAACCUACCCUCAGCAGGGCACUGAGAGAGUGAAGGAGUUCAUGGCUGUUCGACAACCGCAGAGAGAUUCUGAUCUUCCCUAUGAACUACGAGGCGAAUUAGUUUAGAAUGAGAAGGUCAGAGCAAACAAAUACGCUAUGAUCUGGGCUUUUAACUCAACAGCAGUCAUUGAGUACAGUGUUUUAUAUCAAAUAUUGACUAUAGUGUUAUGUAUUUUAUUCUUUUUUAAUGGUAUCUCACAAGUCACCUUGAUAGAACGUGUCACAAGAGUAGAAUGGAGCUGGAAUGCUUGCAGUAUUUCACUUUCAAGUGUUUUGAUACUGUGUAAAUUGUUAACACUGAGAGUUUUGCUCAAAGGACAGAGUUGACCUACGGUGAGGUAUGGCAAACUAAACAAGCUGAACAGAAGCAAGGUAGAAUGGCAGAAUGAUAUGGAAAAAAACCUUUUUUGAAAGCCUCAAUAACCUCAAGCACUCAAGAAUGUUAAAAUGAUGCUGCUGUAUAUGUUGUACAGACACUUCUUCAUCUCAUAUUUUUGCCACCAGUUUAUUUUCUUCUCCCUCUGUGAUCUUACUCUAUCCCCCUCCUCCCUUGACCUCGCUUUCUUCUUUCACCUUUACCCUCUUUCAUGCCCCACGCGCUUUAGCCUGCAGGUAGAAAUUAAUCAGUCAGUUAGAAACAAAAAAUUGACUGACAACGCUGUGGGGCAGACGCAUCACAGAGUCACAGAGUCAUGGUGCCACCCAUGCAGACAUCAUCCUUUUUGACCCCCCAAAGUUAUGUAUGUGGGAAUCCCUACAAUUGGAUAGUACUGAGUGGUAUUUAGCAUGGUUAUGUCGACAGGAGGUAAAGCCAUAUCUAAGGCCAGACUCUAAUCCUGUUUUCUCUCGGAUUGAAGUUCAGCUCACAGCAUCAGUGAGAGAGAGAAACCAUGCAGGGAAUUUGUCUCACUGAGGGUGGACAGUCAAAGAGAGAUAGAGACAGGAAGAGAGGGUUAAGCUAAGCUGCAACUGUGGCUACUGCUACAAAAAAACUCUCCUCUCCUCUUCCUUUUCAUUAUUAUUCAAAUUGUAGUUCAAGGAAAAGCAGUUCACUGUAUAGCUUUACUCCACAGCCUAUAAAAUAAUACAACUUUAUUUAUAGAGCACUUUUAAAAACCAAAGUUGCUUUGCACAAGACAUCAGAUAUAAAUUAUACAAAUUAUAAAAUCAAAUAUAAAAUCUUAUACAUUGGAUUCGAUUUGAUAACAAUUUAGAUAAACCCAAUUUUAGUAAUAUAAGAUAAAAGAAAUAAAAAGGCAAUUUAAGUAAAAUAAAACAGUCUAAACAAGUCUACAGCCAUGCAAGCAGCAGGUUAGCAUGCUAACCUUUGCUAAUUAGCACUAAACACAAAGUACAGCUGUGGUUGAUGUCAUUAUUUUAUAAAGUAUAUUUUAAGAAGUGAUUUAAAAAGAUAUCACUGACUCAGCAAUCCUUAUGUCUUCAGACAGGUCAUCGUGAGCCUCAAGGCCUCAGCUAUUUGACCAGUAUCUAUUGAUGAUGCACAUUUUCAGCUGCAGACUGAUGCUGUCAUGGAACUGCUAGCCUGAGAACAUAUAGACAUAAACACAUGUAUGCAAAAAUACAGUAGAUGGUGUCUUCCUGUAUUAUAACAACAGGGUUUGUGUGCUAUAUGAAUUUGUGUAACUUCAUCUUUUAAUGUUUACUGUGCAGAGAUCAGAAACCUUCUUUUAGGUUUCUACUGCCUUGUAGUAUACAGUGGGUAUGGAAAGUAUUCAGACCCCUUUAAAUUUUUCACUCUUUGUUUCAUUGCAGCCAUUUGCUAAAAUCAAAAAAG